AAAAGACAUUGAUUACUCUGGAUUUUAACAAUAAAGGUCUGGGGAAGAAAGGGAGGUUUUGAGGCAAUCUUCUUCUUUUUGUCCCGUUCUCUGGUACCCUCCCCCAGCUCAAAACCUCCAGCCAGAGCCUCAGGCACUCACGGGAAUUUAUCCGAAGAUCUCUUCCUUUUUAGCAUCGUGUCACUGCCAGAUGCACCACGGGCUGCGGAGCUGGUCGGCACCAGCACGCACUUCUCCCCUUCCCCCGCGGAGGGAAGUGACACUGCGUGGAGCUUCUGCAGGGGGGAAAGUCGUGUUGGACGGAGCCCUGCGCGGUCCCACCUCGGAGCUGGGCUGAGCCGAGGGCAGAGAGGAGCUUUCCAAAGAACUGACCCUCUCCCGUUCCCAGGGAACCUUUUUUUUUUUUUUUUUUUUUUUGGGUGUUUCUUUCUCUGAACAAAGGGACAUUGCUCAAUUAUUAUUAUUAUCAUUAUUUUUAAAAUUAUUUUUCUAAGGCAAUUGAAAGGAGUGCCUGGAAAGCCGAAGCGGAAAGCUCAGCCUCUUCCCACCGGCUCCACAGCGCGCCGUUCACUGGGAUUAGGAAAGUCAACUAAUGCUUCCCAGCGCCAGGAUUUCAGCAGCACGGAGCCUCCCGGGGCAGGGAACCGCGACGGCAAAUCCGGCCGGAGCUCAAGGCAGCAGCUGCCAUUUAACCCCGGAUUUCUGUGCGUCCCGCUCCUGAAAUUCGGCUGGAAGCCCAUCGUGCCUGCCCUGCACGGGCAGUGAGCGCUGCCAGCCCGAGCCGGGGCUCCUCUGCUGGAAGAGGCUCUCCCCAACCCCAUGCGGGUGGAGCGGUGCCACGGGGCUCCCAGCACAUUCCAGGGGCUCCCGGCAGAUUCCUGGAGCUCCCAGCACGUCCCGGCUGACCGGCAGAUGAGCCAGAGCAUCUCCCCAAAGGAGGCGUGCUGGGGGAACCAGGGCCAGGACACGAGGUACCUGUGUGAUUUCUGAUUAAUAUUUGUGGAUGAAUGCCGUAAAUAUGAGCCGAGAAGAUUUAAAAGAAAGCCACCGAGGCGUGCCAGUGAAUUAAUUUGCUUUCAGACAACAUGUGGCUGGUUUGCAGCCCUUUGCCAGCAGGACCGCUAUUCCUUUCCUAUGCCAAAGACUGACCGCGUUUGCCUGACCCCUCCUGCCUGACUUCUGCCGUGGAGGAAAUCUGAGCAAGAACAUGUAUAGUGAAUUUCUAAAUUCAACCAGCGCCACUGAAGCUCACCUGAUCAUCCAGACCAACACUCCCUACCUGGCCAGCACCCCCAGACCCGUGAGCUCCUCCGCCCUUUACAUGUCGACAGCCAGGGUGCUAAAGGAAGGGGAAAUAAAUAAGCCAGACCUGGUGACUUACAUCAUUCUCUUUUUCUUUCUGCUCUUGACCGUGACAUUCAUCGUGCUCUUCAUAAACUGCCAGCUGAAGAACUCUUUCUUUGCCACCCUUCCUUACGACAGAUCGCUCCGGGAGGCGAGGAGCCCGUGGAGGACACAGGCUGUGUGACACCCCCCGCUCCCACCGGGAUCCCGGUGCCACCAGGAGUCAGUGCCAUGUGCCAGUGAACGGAUGUGACCCCCGUUAGAGUAAUGGGGGGGAGAAGGGAGGGUGUGGAGGGAGGAGAUGGCUGAAAAAGAAGCUGUCUGCAAACCCAAGCAGCUGUAAAUAAAAAAGCUCUGUUGUGCAGAGAAGGCUUUAGCAAAUUUAUACGGUUUUGUGCAAAGAAAAAAAAGUGAAUAAUCGCCCCGUGAUUCCAGAUUAAGCUCUGUAUGUAUGCAAAUGUCAUCAUCCACCCAUUCACUGGCCAUACGAGGACAAUUGCAUUAACAACGAUCUCUGAUUUGGGCAUCUGGUGGAGCUUGUUGCCCGUGUUUAUGAAACUAGAGCAUCAAAUGGAACAAACACAGCGUAUUUACCUCCCAGCUCCAUGCUGAGAGAUGAGUUUACUUUCCAGACUCAUUUCUCCCAACUGGCUGCUGGAGCUGCAUGGUGAUGCCGUGGGAGGCCUGCCAGGCAGGGGGAAAAAAUGAAAAACGUUUAUUUAGACUCCUGAUUGUCAUUCUGUUAAGGGUGUUUUUGAUGUUUGAAUGCGUCAUCCACCGAGUUUUAAGUUACCAGUCGUGUGAAACACUUAAUACCUAAGGAAUUUUCAACUCUCACAAGCUACAAAGGAAAUUCUUUUGCCACGGCACGAAACCAAAAUAAUCAGGAUGGGGUGGGGAGGUGGGGAGGGAAAAUGAAUAUCAUUAAUAUCAUGUGAAGUAAUGGAAGGGGAGAGCAGAGUGCUCUGAGUUCAGCACACAAAGUGGGUAACUUCAAAAGCCAUAAAACACAGCUUUGCAGGGAUAUUUGCUUUGCAUCCCCACUCCUCGCUCUUCAUACAAAUUAGAAGCAGGAUUUAUCAGUGUGGCAACAGCUUGACUCAACACCUCCAUUUUAAAUUAUUAAAAAUCUGAGUUUGUUCUAAAAGCUUCUGCUUAACCCUGGCAGCUGACAUGCUGGUUUAUAGGGGCUGAUUCCUUGUAAACCUGCAGUUACAGCACAAUUCCAGGUCAAGCUGCAUGAACCCCAGAACAGCAUCUGUAAUUCCCACAGACAGUGGGCAAAGGGCUUUUUUUCUUUUUUUUUUAACUUUUUUUUUUUAUUCCAGUGGCUCAAAAUACUUCAGAAUUGCAGCUAUUCAGAAACAACGAGCCCUAAACCCUAUUUUACCUCCAGUUUGGGGUAUUGGAUCAUCUGUCAGUGGAAUGGGGUUCAAAUGGUGUGAGAUGCUGUGUCCCUAAAUACAUUCUUAACCUGCAGAGUGCACCAGAGGAGCUGUGUGUAUAUAUAUUUAUAUGUACAUAACUUAUUUCAUGCAGAAGAGGAGAUUUUACAAUGCAAUUCCACACCCAUGAGACUUGCACUCAAGCACAGAGACAAAAUGUGUAUAUACAGGAGUCUGUCUGCAAGCUUUAUUUUUUUUUUUUUACACAGAAAUUGCACAGUUAACAACAGUUCCAUGUCAUUGUCUUGGUUACCAUGGUUUAUUUUGCUCAAGUUAAACUCCUAAACAACAGGUUUUAAUAUUUUACUCCUUUACAGGUGGCCAAUAUUCCCUCUGAACCAAAUUUAACUGAUGUAAUUCCAGGUAGUUACUCUAAUGUAGAAAGCAAGAAUAAAUUCAAGUGUGUUUCUCUCAGCCCUUUUUGAAUAAAUCAAGUUUUAUCAAA